AUGGCUGACUGUCAGUCAGGAAUCACACUGGAGCGCAAGACUAGAGAUCUGAAUAAAUGUGCCUGCUCUAGCAACACGAGCGACAUCAAGAGGAACCGAGAACUGGGCCAGCAGUACACAGCCAUGGCCCCUGAGCUGCUGGCCUGCCUCUCCAAACUGCUUGUCGUUUCCCGGAAGGCAGGCACUGCCGUGCCUGAGGGCCUGGCAUCAGAAACGUCUCUUGAGUUCGCUUGGUAGGAGCUCAUCACUGACCCUACGGUACCUACCCCAUCCAACAUCCCUGGCCUAGAGAUCAGCAGUGGAGCCCCGCCCCCCGUGGUGCUUGUGGAGUCGACCCCCAUGCCGGCCCCCGUCUGGUUGUCUCUACCCCUAGUACCACUGCUGCCGAUGCUGCCCACAUCCACUAGGCCAGCCAAGUUCUCCACCCACUCCCCCACCCAUGGCCAUCUGGUGCCCUUUGCCCAUGAGGCCUUACACAAGCCCCAGCAGCAGUCCAUCCACCUGCUGCCAGAGAUUAUGAACCUGAAGGUGACGGUCACUGAGAAGUCUAUGUCUGUAGGCGCCAACCCUCUGGACAUCACGAGGUGCCUUGUGGAUGAGAUCAACGCCAAGGAGAUGGCUCUCAGCUGUCUGAUUGGCGCAGUCAAGAGAAGUGGCUAUGGUGUUGGACAGAUGGAGAAAGGUGGGUACCCAAGCUUCAGCCCUUACGUGAAAGUUCAAACAAUAGCAACAAGAAGUUUCCCCGUGGACAUCUUAGCCAUGGACGUGAACUUGCUUUACCACCUUACCUACAACUCCUCUACUCGCUGUCUGACCUUUUCCCUCUUGACUGGAAGGGAAGUCAAGAAGAAAAAAGGGAAAUCAAAAACUUUAGAAGAGGUAACCACACUGUCCCUCCAACAAGGAGCUGGAACCUUGACCUCUGACAGCACUGAGUUCAGCGACCCCUGCCCCGAAGUCUGGAGGAAGCUGCAGGAAUUGCGUGGCGAUGCAGAAGCAUAAAGGGCCUCAUGGAAAGAGAGGAAUAUCUCCUUCUGCAACUACAGGGCAAAAUUACCCUCUCACCCAAUGACGGCUCCGAAAGGAGACGUUCAAACCCUGAGCUCCCAUCACUCUCACCCUCUUGGAGCUCAGGCUUCUGCUCCCACCCCUCACCAGUCUCCCUCCCACCAGCUGCGCUUCAGCCAGCAUUCACAGGAGUGGAGGUUACCCAAGAAGGCCAGGAAGUUGCAUUACACCUUCUAUAAGUCCUCCUUCAUUUACUAUCCCUCCGGAAAGAUCGCCAUGUGUCAGAUCCCUACAUGCUGCAAAGGGAGAACCAUCACCUACCUCUUUGAUGACACACCCAACGUCUCCUUCCUGGCUCUGUUCAAUGCUGAAAGCCAGGGCUAGGUUAACUACAACGUGAAGGACUGCUGCCCAUUUGUCUUGGUCUUGGAUGCGGGAGGUGGGACCACCUACGACUACAAGGGCUGUGUAGUCCACAAGUGGAGCUGGGCCUCCAAGAUGGAGACUUUGCUCUCCCUGGAAUAUAAGGUGAAUGAGCAAAUGAAGCUAACGGUGCUGGGGCAGGGCUCCAUCAUGGUUACCUUCACCUCCACGAAGGAAAGAGUUAUACUAAGUGUGUCCGCCAACAACUGUCCCCACAGGAUACCACAUUAUAAAAAGGACAAACUUCUGUCUUCAGGCUGUGUAGAGAGCAUGAUGGGGGUCCAAGGCAAGGAACAGCUCUGCCCAGCAGCAUCGGGGAAGACCCCCAAGGAGGGGACGUUUGCGUCAGAAUCAACAGAGGAAGGGUCUAGGCUGAGCCAGGCCGUGGUGGAGAUCAAGUGGUGGUUUCAGAAGACAGUGUCUCUGUUCAUAAAUUCUUGUCUUCUGUUAACAAGCCUGUUAACCAUCGAAUAUAGUGUAAAGGGAAAGACAGAAAUCAGCCGACCCAGGACAAAAUCGGGGCCCUUUCUCAAGCAGGGCGCCAAGCUAAGUUUACCCUCAGAAGCCCUUUUAUUAAAAUCUUGUUCAACCCAACGCAAAGCCUCGGCUUUGAGGGAAGAGCCUGAGUCUGCUCUUGUGAGGCCCACUGAAAGGAAGACCAAGAUUGAAGCCAAAGCCGCGGUCACACGGAAGGAGGGAGAGGUGCACAGCCCCACCAGGUGGGAGGCCUCGCCCUCCGACUGCCCACUGCUGCUGUGGAAGCUCAUUUGAAAGGAAGACAUCAGCCAUGGCUGCAGGUGCUUAGUGAAGGCGCCCCUGGUGUCCAACGUGGAGCUGGAAGGCUUCCUCUUGGUGCCCCGUCACCCCACCCAGGUGCUGCUGUUCAGGAUAGUGUUGGGCCAGAGCCCCACCAGCAUGGCGGUGGAGCUGGACUAGCUGCUAAACACACUCUACAAUCACCAGCAGCAGCGUCGUGGCUCACCCUGCAUCCAGUGCUGGCAUGACCCCUACCGCCUGCUGUGGUACAACCUGGACAGCCCCCUGCAGGAGGACCCGCCUCUGCUGGUGAAGAACAAUGCUGUGGUGCAGGGCAUGGUUCUGAUGUUCGCUGCGGGGAAGCUCCUUGUUCCUGGGGGCUUCCUUUGGCCCCGCUUAAGCAGGGAGAAUCUGCUGAACUGGAUCGACCAGGCUCGACACAACUACAAGGGGGGCUGCUACCUGUGGGAGGACUACAAAUUUAGGUAAAACAGAAACAGG